UCUGCCGCCCCCCUGUGGCCGCGGGGCGACCUGCGCCCCCCAGCCCGCGGUGACGUCACCGCAUUCCCGGGCCGCCCCUCCCGCCUGCAGCCGCAGUGACAGCCCAGCGGGCCUGCGGCGGAGAGGAAGUGCGGGCCGUCCCCGCCAGGCGGCUCGGCUCGGCUCGGCUCGGGCGGCGGGGCACAGAGUCGCGGCCGCGGGGCAGAGCCAGCCGGGAAAAUGGCUGAUGACUUCGGCUUCUUCUCGUCGUCCGAGAGCGGGGCCCCCGACGCGCCCGAGGAGGACCCGGCGGCCGCCUUCCUGGCCCAGCAGGAGAGCGAGAUCGCGGGCAUCGAGAACGACGAGGGCUUCGGGGCACCUGCCGGCGGCCAGGGGGGGCCCGCGGGUUCUGAGGACAUGGGGCCCACUGUCAAUGGAGACAUGUUUCAGGGGCCAGGGUGGCACAGUGGUGAGUGCAGUGGGCGUGUCUGUGUGCAGGAGGCCAACGGUCCAGCCGACGGGUACGCAGCUAUUGCGCAGGCAGACAGACUGACACAGGAGCCAGAGAGCAUCCGUAAGUGGCGAGAGGAGCAAAAGAAGCGGCUGCAGGAGCUGGAUGCCGCCUCCAAGGUGACGGAGCAGGAGUGGCGGGAGAAGGCCAAGAAGGACCUGGAGGAGUGGAACCAGCGCCAGAGUGAGCAGGUGGAGAAGAACAAGAUUAACAACCGGAUCGCUGACAAGGCCUUCUACCAGCAGCCGGACGCUGACGUCAUUGGCUAUGUGGCCUCUGAGGAGGCUUUCGUGAAGGAGUCCGAGGAGACCCCAGGCACGGAGUGGGAGAAGGUGGCCCAGCUGUGCGACUUCAACCCCAAGAGCAGCAAGCAGUGCAAGGACGUGUCGCGCCUGCGCUCGGUGCUCAUGUCCCUGAAGCAGACGCCACUGUCCCGCUAGGUGGCCGCCACAAGGGAGGCCACAGAGCAGGACCCUAGCGGAGUAGAAGCUGCACUUGGGGCGGGGUUGGGGGCAGCCUUUAGCUGGGGCCAGGCAGCCAGCCUGCUCCUGCUGGCCUCCAGGGUCUGCGGAGGGGAGCCCUCGCUCCUGUCACCCUUCCUUCCCCCAGGCCUGGCCCCCCACACUCCUCUUGGCCCACAAAGUUGUGACUGUCCUCCCUGAUAUAUUGUUUUUGGGUUUUGGUUUUUUUUUUUUUUUUUUUUUUUUUUGGUUCUCUUGGCUUAAACGGUGUAUUGUUAA